UACGUACGAUAAAUACGUGCUUGGUUGUAAUGGACUGGAAGGAAGCCCCAUGAUUGUAUCAAGUGGUCAGGUCUCCACUUGUUUGGGAAUUUAACCUUUUCCGUCGUGUGUUAAAUGCCUGUUGGAGUGUGUGUGGGGGACUGGUGCGGAUUGAAUCGUUGGUAGUCAUGGGACUUCUUGUUUACGAUAUUUAGGCAACGUGCUAAGCUUUGUUCACGUUAAGGUUAGCUUGUAAACAUAGUAACAUUCAUGUGGGUACGAGAACCACCUUGUUUAUUAAAUUGGACUGAAUGCCACUGUUACAUACAUGUUAGCAAAGAGACUCGAGAACUAUUAAAAAUAGUUUUUUUGACAAAUGAUCUAAACCUGUAGACUCGAUGGUGACCUUCCAGACUUUCUGUCUACUCUCACUUCUUGAAUGGAUACUCGCCACUGCUAACGGAUUAAUAGCUUGAUAUGACAUGUUCUGUUGGAAGUAACACCGAACGGGAGCGUCAUUCGGCACAUCUUGCGGAACUUGUAGUUUUGUGUUUUUGCACUUCUGAAGUAUGCCUUGCCGUUCUGUGAAGAAGUUGAUGUGUCUUGGAAAUCACGUGGCGAGUCUAACCUUACGCGUAAGCCCACUUCGUCAAAUUCACACUUCAACAUGCAACUCUUCAGCCGAACCAAAAUAUGCAUUCAAACCUAAAAAAGUAGCGGUGGUUACCAAGACGACCCGAUAUGAGUUCGAACAGCAACGUUAUCGGUAUGCAGGACUCUCCGAGGAGGAUCUGAAGCAUCUGCUUGCUAUGAAGGGUUCCAGCUACAGUGGCCUGCUGGAAAGACACAACAUCCACACAAAAAACGUGGAACAUAUUGUGAAAAGUCUACAGAAAGAAGGAAUUGAAGUUAAAGUUGUGAAAAGGGGGGGAUAUGAUUCCGAAGUAGUGCAAUGGGCAGAUGCCAUCAUAUCUGCUGGAGGUGAUGGGACAAUGCUGCUUGUUGCCAGUAAGGUGUUGAGCAAGGACAAACCAGUUGUUGGAGUAAACACAGACCCUGAGAGGUCAGAGGGUCAUCUGUGCUUGCCUGUAAAGUACACUCGCAAAUUCCCAGAGGCACUGGGGAAACUCUGCCGUGGUGAGUUCAGGUGGCAGUGGCGACAAAGGAUUCGACUUCACCUUGAGGGCACUGGAAUAAAUCCCACUCCGCUAGACCUGCAUGAACAGCAGCUGAGCCUGGAGCAACACAGCCAGGCCCAUCGCAUCACCACCAUGGACCACCAGCAGAAGACUGGAGUACUGAAUGAAAGCGUCUCCAAGCCCAGUCUUCUUCCCGUCCGGAGCCUGAAUGAAAUCUUCAUCGGAGAAUCUCUGUCGUCCAGGGCGUCAUACUAUGAGAUCUCAGUCGAUGAUGGUCCAUGGGAAAAACAGAAAAGUUCAGGGCUCAGCAUUUGCACAGGAACAGGAUCCAAAGCUUGGUCAUAUAACAUCAACAAACUUGCUGAACAAGCGGUGAAUGAGAUCCUAACAAUAGGAAAAUGUCAAACGGGCCUUGCUAUUCCACUAAACCCUGAAUUUAUUGAUAAUGUUACUGACAGGUACAAUGAGUCAUUGGUGUUCAGUCCAGAGGACAGACGCUUGUUCUUCAGCAUCCGAGAGCCAAUCGUAAACAGAGUGUUUUCAAGCAGCCGGCAGAGAGGCUUCGCCAGCAAGGUGUGCGUUCGCUCUCGGUGCUGGGACGCCUGCAUGGUGGUGGACGGUGGGAGCUCAUUUGAGUUCAAUGACGGCGCCAUUGCAACAAUCAGCAUGAGUGAGGACGAUCAACUCCGCACAGUUGUUCUGGAUAACUGAGGGAAGUCUAAAGCAGAUAAGACUGGCUUCUCCUAAGAUGUGUAAAGCAUUACAGAACCAUGUGGCUGGUAGAUGGUGAAGUGAUUUAUUUUUACAGGUAUUAAAAAAAAAAAAAAAAAAAGGGGGGGGGGGGGGUAAUUUCUAACUUUUGCCCUGUUAAUUUUUGUCUUUAUCCAAUUUAUAAUUAGGUGAUGCAAUACUUGACUGAAUCAACACCAAAAUAAUAAACGCGAACGUGACAUUCAGCCACUUGCAGGUCACAUCUGCGCAUGUGUGAGAAUCAAGUGUAUAAAAGGAGGCUGCCAAACAAAUGGCUUUGAAUGAUAGUACAAAGCGUGCAGGUGUUGGAAAAAAAAAAUAUGCCUUAAAUAACUGCACUCUGUCCCAUGCUUGAACAUUGGUGUAAAAAGAAUCUUUUCAACGAAUUGGUAACCUCUGUUCUGUUCAAUCAAUUAAUCAAGCAAACAGAUAAAAAAGAUGGACCAAGAUGGCAAUUCUUUUGACCAUAUUUUCUUUGUCAAUAUCUUGAAACUGAUUAGGAAGAGACAGGCAAUAUGGCAAGCAAGGUAACAGAGUGAAAACCAAUGCAAUCAAUCUGACAGAAAUAAUUUACUGUCGGUAUUUGAACCAUAUUUUUCACGUUUUAUUUAAAAUAUCAGCUUUUUCCAUUGACUCCAUUCAAAGUUGGUUGCUGAAGAGCCAGAGAUCUGCAAGUGGCCUAUUGUGUUUGUGCUUGUGAUGUUCCUAUUUCCUCUAUUCAAGUUUUUAUUGGGAGAGGGAAAACAGAUUUGUUUGAAAAGAUAUUUUUGUAGUUGUACUAGUAUCAAAUAAGAUUUAAAAGCAAACAUUGCACGAAAGGGAGAAUUUAAAACCAAGAGGGGCCUUUUGCUCCUUGUCUUAGGUCAACUAGUAGAAAGUAGAAAGCGCAAUAUAAUGUGAAUUGAUUCCAAGAUUGAGUGUUGAUAUAUUGAAGAUGCAUAUUAAAUGAGAGGGCUUGUAUGGAAGUAUUAAGUCAUUAUACUGUGAUAUGCAAUGUGCCAUGGGAACUUUCUAUGUUAAUGUGUUCUUCAGUGUCAAAACAUUUUCUGUAACACGGGCCCGGUUUCAUUCAAAGAACAGCAGUCUGUUAUAUUAUCUGAUACAAUAAAGGUAAGAUUGGUGCUUAAUCUUAAA